AUGCCCACUUCAGCUGCGCUCGGACGGUUUUGCCGAGGUUGUCUCAGCAGGGCGCCAAGUUUGCCCUCUGGCAGCCUGAGCGCUUUGCCCAGGCAGAUGAGCAGGUGGAGCCGCCUGGAGACCUGCAGCACCCCACCUACUCAGGAAAAACCCCGUAUCCUCAUUACAGGAGGCCUCGGGCAGUUAGGUGUGGGACUGGCACAGAAACUGAGGAAACAGUACGGGACAGAUGACGUGAUCCUGUCAGACAUCAAGAAGCCUUCCCCUCAUGUGUUUACCAGUGGUCCAUUUGUAUACGCUGAUGUGUUGGACUACAAACAUCUCAGAGAGCUGAUCGUAAACUACCGGGUCACCUGGCUGAUCCACUACAGCGCUCUGCUUAGUGCUGUGAGCGAAGCUAAUAUGGCUCAGGCCCGCGAGAUCAACAUCAGAGGCUUUCAUAAUGUGCUGGACUUGGCCCUGGAGAACUGCCUGCGCCUCUUUGUCCCCAGCACCAUUGGAGCGUUCGGUCCCUCUUCCCCGCGUGACCCGACCCCUGACCUCUGUGUCCAAAGACCUCGAACCAUCUAUGGCGUGUCCAAAGUGCACGGAGAACUGAUGGGGGAGUAUCUCCAUCAUAAAUGUGGUUUGGACUUCCGCUGCCUGCGCUACCCAGGUGUGAUAUCAGUCAGCGCCCCGCCCGGAGGAGGAACAACAGACUACGCCGUUCAAAUCUUCCACGAUGCUCUCACCACGGGUCACCACGAGUGCUACCUGCGUCCCGACACCCGCCUUCCCAUGAUGCACAUCUCUGACUGCCACCACGCCACCAUAGAGUUCAUGCAGGCUCCCGAGAGCCAGCUGUCUCUGCGUACCUACAACAUCGCCGCCAUGAGCUUCACUCCAGAAGAGGUGGCGCGAGAAAUCCGCAAGCAUGUCCCUCACCUCAAGGUCACCUACAAACCCGACCUUGCCCGGCAGAAGAUCGCAGACAGCUGGCCCAUGAGGUUUGAUGACACCAACGCCAGGAGAGAUUGGGGCUGGGCAUCAGCCUUCAAGCUUGAGGAGCUGGUGUCAGACAUACUGCGCUCCAUUCGAGACAAGAGGACAACGGAUGGUUUGCCAGCCAGCUAGCGGAAACACUGCUUCACAAAGAUCCUGACUUUAUCUUCAGCCUGCUUUUACCAACGACACACUUCUUUUCACUUCACUUCACCUCCGUUACUCUGGGAUAUUACAGCAAUGAGCUAGGGGCUGUGAGUGAGAGGCUCUCAAUAUGCAGUGGACAGUGAGAUGUCACACACACACACACACACACACACAUCUCAGUCUUUUUCAGGGAUUAAUAUAUUGUCGAACUUCCCCUUAAUCUUUGUCGUUUUUAAUUGUGAUCAUAUUAGCAUCACUUAACACAUGAUACCUCAGACAGAACCACAAAGGACU